AUGGGAGGUCGGUCACCUGCUCCGAGAACACUUAAGGAUCUCACUUCUCCAAACCUUGAUCAGCAGCCUCUAUGUAUUCAGCUGAAUGAAACCAUUGAGUUGAAGCCGCAAUUGAUUCACUUGCUGCCCAAAUUCAGAGGCUUAGCGGGAGAAGAUCCUAAUAGUCACUUGCAACAAUUUCAUCAUGUUGUGACUAGUUUGAAGCAAGCAACUGCAGAUGCGGAUAUGACUAUGAUGACAUUGUUUCCUUUCUCCUUUAUAGAUGUUGCAGGAGAAUGGUUCUUUUGCUUACCUCCUGGGAGUAUAACCAUAUGGAAUGGGAUGAAGAAGUUAUUCCUUGAGAAGUAUUUUCCGGCAUCAAAAGCAGCAGUGAUUCGAAAGGAGAUUUGUGGUAUUAUGCAAGGGUUGCUUUCUAAUGAGAAAAAUUUGAUUAAUGCCGCAAGUGGUGGUGCACUCACCAACAAGACUAUUUUGGAAGCUACAAGCUUGUUAGAGAACAUGGCCGCAAACACGCAACAAUUCUUCACUAGAGAUGAACCAACGGUGAGGAAGGUGAAUGAAGUUGGCAAUUCUUCACAUUUGGAACAUCGGAUGGGUAACAUGGAGAAGAUGAUGCAUCAAAUAGCAGCACCUGUCAUACCAUCAUCAGACAACGAAGAUGUUGAGCAGGCAAAGGCUAUGUACCAAAAUCAACAAAGGCCAAGAUAUGAUCUGUAUUCCAGCACAUACAAUCCCGGUUGGCGAGAUCAUCCCAAUUUCAACUACGCCAAUAAGCAAGCUGCAGUCUCUAAUCCUCCUUUCAAUCAACAAGGUGGGUACCAAUUCUUGCAAAGGCCACGUCAAGAAACUCAAGGCACGAGUAUAGAUGACAAGUUGAAUCUUAUUCUCAUCACACUGGCGCAAGACAAGCAAAAGUCAGGAUGGAUAUGA